CCACGACACUCGCGCUCCCAUGAACAACUCCUCGAACAAAGGCUGCGAACCACAACAGUAGAUUCAUCACCUUCCGUCUUCCUUCCUUUCCUCCACCUCCACUCCCCCACCACAAUUCUCCUCACUCUGCCCUGACCCCACAAAAAAUAACUCCGCUAACAAGGAGACACAAUAUCAACAUUGAACAUGCCUCGCAGAGUGGUUAUCGCGCUGCUUGUCACCGGCAUGCUAGUGACAGGCGUUGCAAAUACCUUGUUGACAAAGUAUCAAGAUAAUCAGUGUGUUCGUAACUGCGAAGACCCAGGUAUCUCCAAGCGCUUUGAGCAGCCAGUCAUGCAGACGCUACAGAUGUUUAUCGGCGAGAUGGGAUGUUGGUUGAUCGUCGGGCUCUUUUCCUUCAAACAAUGCAUUCGCAAUCGUCAGCGCAAAACCGCCGGGUACGAGCCUGUUGGUGCGGAAGAUGAUGCUCCUGCUGGACCUGCCGAUGGGACUUCCAGCCCGAGUCCUGCUGUCAAACCGUUGGCACCAAGCCUUGACGGGCGUUCUCCAAUUUCCGGGGUGAAGGUUUUUUUGCUUGCCAUUCCAGCUUGCUGUGACAUUGCGGGAACUACUCUUAUGAAUGUCGGGUUACUCUUCGUUGCUGCGAGUAUCUACCAGAUGACCCGAGGCGCUCUCGUGCUUUUCGUUGGUCUUUUUAGUGUUCUUUUCCUCAAGCAUCACCUACGGGGUUUUCACUGGUUCGCUCUCUUUAUUGUCGUGAUUGGUGUCGGCAUUGUCGGUCUUGCUGGUGCUCUUUGGAAAGAGGAACCGCCGGUUAAGGGCAACCAUCUCUUGGUUACUUCAACUCCUGACGUUCCGAUUGCUGUCCAAACAAUUAUUGGUGUUCUUCUCAUUGCAGGAGCUCAGAUAUUUACUGCUGCCCAGUUUGUUGUUGAACAGUACAUCCUCGAGCAUUAUACCAUAGAACCCUUGAAAGUUGUUGGCUGGGAAGGAAUUUUCGGAUUCCUUGUCACCGUCAUCGGGAUGGGGAUCCUCCACUUCACCAUCGGUCAGACACCUAAGGGGCGGUAUGGCUACUUCGAUGCUGUCGAGGGCUUUAGAGAGAUUACUCAGUACAGGGAGGUUACCCUCUCCUCAAUCGCCAUCAUGAUCUCGAUUGGUGGAUUUAAUUACUUUGGUAUAUCUGUCACCCGUUCAAUCUCCGCCACUGCUAGGAGUAUCAUCGACACCUGCCGCACCUUGUUUAUCUGGAUGGUAUCUUUGGCACUUCACUGGGAGAGCUUCAAAUGGCUUCAGAUCGUUGGAUUCUCACUCUUGGUUUACGGCACUUUCUUGUUCAACGAACUCACUCCACCACCAUUCAUCUUUUGCCUUUCUAGAAGAUACAAUAGAGGGGAACUCCGGAGAGAACAACAUGAGAGGGAGAGGGCUAGACAGGCUUUACUUCCCGGUGCCACUGAUUAGACUCCAUUAGAUAUUUGGGAACAAUCACACCAACAGGGCAGUGAUUGCGGCGUGGUUUGGCGUAGUGUUGUGAGGUCUUGUUCUGCCUUUUCUUCAUUCUUUCAUGCUAUGUUUGUUUUUUUCUCUUUCUUUUAUGGUGUGCUGAAUGGGGAUUGAAUCGCAAUUGUUGGGCGUGGGAGUUGGGAUUGGCGGAGUGAUGUUGAAUUGUUCCAAAUUGUUACAAGUUAAACUGCGGGGAUAAAGAAAUCAGGAUUAGGAUAACCUA